AUGGGAUUUUUCAUCCGUGAUCUCCACAACCAUAUCGCUCAGCUUCAUGCUCAACAGUUUGCCGGACAAUCAAUUUCGAAUUCAUUUACUGUGUAUCGUGGUCAAGGACUGCCGAAAGCUGAUUUUGAUCAAAUGGUGAAGGCUAAAGGUGGACUUUUAUCAUUUAAUAACUUUUUAUCAACUAGUAUGCAUCGUCUUGUAUCCUUCAACUUUGCUCGUCGAACGAUGGAAUCAUCAGAACUUGUUGGUAUUUUAUUCGUCAUUGAAAUUGAUCCAUUCAUUCCGUCAACGCCAUAUGCAAACAUCCGUGACGUCAGUUACUUCAAAAGAGAAGAAAAAAUUCUCUUUUCUAUGCAUUCCAUUUUUCACAUUGGAUCAAUACAACAAAUCGAUGGAAAUAAUCGUCUUUGGGAAGUCAAUUUAAUAUUGACCAGUGAUAAUGAUCCAGAACUACAUGUUCUUAUGAAACACAUGCGCGAAGAAACUUAUCCCGAUGAGAAAGGAUGGAAUCGUUUGGGUAUGCUACUGAUUAAACUUGAACAGUUCGACAAAGUCCAAGAGGUUUAUGAGAUCUUGCUCCGCCCAACAAUGACUGAUCUAGAAAAAAGCAGAUAUUUAUCACUAUCUCGGAGUAGUGAAGAUGGGUCAAGAUGA